AUGGAGUCCAUGGAGAAGGACUGGAAGCUAUGUCUCGAUGGAUGUCUUGACCGCCGCAUCUCAAAGACCGUCUUCGCAGCCCUGGUCGCAGAGCUGCACGCCAGGUCACCACUCCCAGGAAGAAGAAUCGCGGCAUUACUCUUGCGCCCACGUUCUGCAGGCGCCAACAGUGUCGACCCGCGAGUCCUCAUUUAUAUUGAACAGCUACUAGCCUCCAGGAUCGUAAACGCUGCCGAUGUCUUGAUCUCCACAUUCCGAUACUCCAAGGAUCGCUUGCCGAAAACGGGUCAAUCACCCAAAGAGCCGCAAUGGCAUAAUCCACCAGAACUUGAGGAGAAUCUCUUUCAUCGCCUGUCCAAGGCGUUUGCCUCGGAGGAGCGCCCGUUGACUAAUAGUGAGGGUAUUGCAACGCUCAUGAUUGUGACCAGAUGGAUGCAGGCACUAGUCACGUCGCAUACCAGCGACACCAUGAUACAAGCCAUGUCCGGCAUUCAACAGCAGCCCCAGCAACAGUCUGUCAGCGUUCGUGAAGGCCUUGGUGUGCUAGUUGUUGGCAUAAUAGAGAACUCGAGGGUACUGCACAUCCUGAAACAUCCCAAGGGCAAAGACCUGCGCAAAAGCUUUACACAAUCAUUAUCAUCAUUUGUUAUCUUCCUAUCUCACAACUCAGCCGGCUCUCAGAACUCUUUGCAUUUGGCCGAGCGGCUAGAGAACUCACAGAAGCAACAUGAAUUUUACGAAAAGAUCCCGACUGUAAAUGGCGGGACCAACGAGGACUCUGGUCUCGGAGUUGCCUCCCUACACCUCGACGCCACCAUGGACCUGCCCGUGAUGAAUACUAGAGCUGGACUCUACAUCUUUUUGAAUUCGCUACUCGUUGCACGACCCCUUACCGAUGACUACACCAUCAUGAGCUAUCUGCACUCACGUUACAAGCUUGAAACCCAGUCAAUGGCAAUGGCGACCGACCUGAUCACAGCUUCGUUUGAUAUUCUCGCCAACGCCAUGUACCGAAGUGAGCCGGCAUCCAACAUGUUUUGCUUGAAGUCUUUCCUUGUAAACAAGAUUCCCAUUCUCUUGUCACAACUAUCUGCCUCUAUCUUUCCAAUGACGCUAGAAAUGUGCAUAACGCAAGCACUCAGCCAUGUUGAUCCAAACGCCUUUCCAGCGUUUUCCCAAGGCUUUGAUGAUAUGAUGGGUAACAAUACUUCGCUUUCCGAUGUCCGACAAGACUUUCUCAAUGCUUGUGCACUUCACAGUCUAAUUCCGAGCGCCGCCGUUGAGCGACUGCUAGGCGAGACGCCCAUGCAAGGGCCGCCAGAAACCAGAUACGACAAGAAAACCCUUCUUGAUCAGUGCAAAAGCAAUUUCGACAAAGUCAACACUUUUAUCGACGAGCUGGACAAUCUGGAUGGAAAUGCCGGAGCUAUCGUGGGCGCCGUGACUGAGUUUAUAUCCCAUCUCUGCGAAACACAGACCACCAUGUACUUGAAGCAAAUUUCGUGCAUGAUCUUCAAGAAGCCGCAGGCCAUGGAUGUCAUGUUGCAAUUCACGUCGCCUGCAAGCAUACUUCAACCGCUGUCCCAGUUCCUCGACGAUUGGCAUUACGAUAGCGACCAAGGUAGGCCCUACUUUGAACAUACUCGAGAGAUGUCCGCUGACAAAGCAGGCGAGUAUCAACCCGUAUUCGAUGAGUUUGGAGCCAUUCUCGUUCUGAUUAUGGCUUUUGUUUAUCGCUAUAAUCUCACCUAUCGCGACCUGGGCAUCACCUAUGGCUCAUUUAUCGCGAGACUCAUUGAGCGAGGCCAUCACAGUUUGUCUCCUGACGAGAUGACCGAGGACCAGAGUAGAAGCCUCGGUAUUUGGCUGAAAGGCCUGUAUGAUCAUGACAAGGAGGGUCUCAGUAACGAUGUGUUCGCCUCUUGUCGCCCUCAAGACUUCUAUCUCAUCGUGCCAACUCUGUUCAACCAGACGGUUCUGGCAUGCUCACAUGGCAUACUGACCUUUGAGUCAGUUAAGAGUGGCCUCGAAUAUUUGGGUGAAACCUUUCUCUUGCCAUCACUAAUUGGCGGUCUGCGAUGGAUGGCUUCGUACGCUCUUCUGCAAACGCACAAAGAUCUGGAUGCUAUUAUGCGUAUCUUCAAGGAGCUCAUGCUUUCGGCAACUUCAUCGGGAGACGCACAAGCCAUGCACUCGACCAUCCUUGCCAUGGUAUCCAGUCACUUGGAAACAACAUUUAAAACGAUACAACGGCGCGAACCCGCACGCACCACCAUCGAACCGUUACUUCAGGCAAUCAAGGCCAAUUCAAACUAUGAAAGGUCAACCUAUGCCACUGUCAAGGAGCUUGAACGAUGGACGAAUGCGCCUUAUAGCACACUGGGCACUGCUUUAGGGCAUACAGUGCAGCAAUUGAUAACCUGGAGUUCAAAUGCGGCCAUGCAGCCAAACCCACCCAGUUACACCCAUCUCCAGAUCUACGCAACCACACGCAUGCUCGGUGCGUACAAGACCCUACGAGCGAUUGUCGAAACCGUCACGACGCAAACGAAUGCUGGAUACGGGUCCGCAGCACUCGACGUGGGCAUGUCCAUGAUCUGCGCGCCCACGGUGGAAGACAGUCCGAUAGCCGUCGACUGGGCCGGCAGCACAGUCGUGGCGCCUCCACCGCAACGGACACGCAUGAACCUGCGCGAGAUGCUCAAGCAAGAAUUCGACAAUGCCGCAUCCCUGGUAGCCACGGAACCCCUGACGGCCGAAACCAUUGUCCGCCUCCAGCGGCGAGUCGAAGCCCAACUCGGGGCCAUGAACGACGCCAGCUUGCAAGCUCGCACCCUCAACCUGCCCAGCGUGCACAUCACGGAGAUGCAGUCGCAAACCAUUUCCGACGACAUCAACAAAGCCAUGGACGACGCGGCGGCAGCCACCAUGGUCGACGACAUCUCCAACAUGGACAACAAGGCCCUGCAGCGCAGCAUGGAAGAGCUCGCCGGCACCGACAGCCUGCAUCUCUCGGGCAUGGGCAUGGGCGCUGGUAGUGCGAAUGGCGUCGACAUGUCGGCCGAGCUGGGCCACUUGGACCUGGUUGACAUGGGCAGCAUGGGCAUGGAUAUGGACGUUGGUAAUAUGGACAUGGGUGGUGGCGGCGACGACGACUGGGGCCUUGAUUUUGAAAACAUGUAG